AUGAACAUUGUUGCAUGCUUUGCGAAAUUUGGGUGGGUUAUACAUGAAAUGAAACGGUGCGAGCCGGAAGCGCUUGGCCAUUUCUAUCCGCCGGAUAAGAAGUUUUCCGUCUUUAUCGGGCGCAAAUCCUCCUUGGCCAUGCUGCGAUCCAAGUUCUUUCCAAAUGGGCUAAUAAGCAUCAGGUACGCGGCCGUGUUUACCAUCCGAGCCGCCUCAAACGAUACCGUCGCAGACUCCCUGGCGAAAAUAGGAGAACUCGCCGGACUACAACCAACUGAAAAUUCGGGAAGACACUUCUUGUCGCAAAUUUCGGCCACGUACCUGCUCAUGAUCGACAAUGCAGACAAUCCUGAUAUGGACCUGCGAGCUCUUUACCCAACCAACCAUGCAACACACAUAUUGAUCACGACUCGAAGCCCCAAUUUUCGAUUACAAGGCGAGCUAGGAUGUAUUAAGCUGGGAGGAUUAGAGCAAGAGGAAGCUCUUUGGUUGUUACUCACACAAGCCGAUAUUCCGGAACCUUGGGACUCUGAAACCACAGCGACAGGAAACCUGAUUACACAAACGUUGGGCUACCUGGCUCUCGCUCUCAUUCAUGCCGGAACCUGCAUACUGGAAAAGGUCUGCUCGCUCAGCAAGUAUCUCGAGGUUCACAAAGAAGCCAGAGAAAGGAUUAGAAAAGAAAACAUGUCCAUAUGUUCUUCAGAUGCAGAGAAAAACAUAUGUGUUAAGCUUUAUUCAUCCUUCGAGGUGUCCAUGAAUACCUUGGAAACAGCAUCCGCCGACGUUCGUCAAGAUGCGUUGGACCUGCUCAAGAUUUUAUGUUUUUACCAUUUUGAAAAUGUUCCCAUCGAGAUAUUCCCUAGAGCUGUUAAAAGGCGCUUAGAGUCACUGCAGCAAGAAAAGUCUGCUUCUUGGCUUGGCGCCUUUGGCCGUCGUCGAUUGGAACCCGGCAAACUACUCCCUUCAUUUUUAAAGGGACAACAAGGAUCGUUGGAGAAAUAUCGAGUGAAUUAUGCUAUAGCCAAGCUUUGCUUGAUUCCACUCGUCUCUUACGACGGGUACUUUGUUUCUCUGCAUCCGCUGGUCUAUGCCUGGGUGCGCGAUAAUCUGUCCGUGGUAGAACGGCGCGUCUGGGUUGCAGUAGCACUGAAUACCCUCAUGCAGUCAAUCUCGUUGCCACCCGAAGGAAACAGCGAGGAUGACGGCCAGUUUCACCGCGAGAUCCUACCGCAUCUCCAAACAUGUCUACAGGAACACGGCAGUCCUACAUCCCCCUUUAUUCGCGGCAUGGGGUCCCUUCGCUUCUCGGCAGCUAAACUCUUGCAGCCUACUGUUUUCUACACCAUGGCGCAUGAAGUGCAAAUGUCGGCCAAGUGUAGAUUCGCCUUUACCGAGCGAGGGCUCCUUGCACAGGCCAGGCAUCACUUUUUGGAGACCACAGACGUUCUGACUAGAGCUUUGGGACAUGGCCAUGAGAAGACCAUGGCGGUAAUGGUUGCCCUUGCCGGUGUUUACUGGGGGCUUGGACGUUUGGACGACGCCAUUUCGCUUCAGAGCCACGCGGUUAGAGAAAAAUCAAGAAUUCUAGGGCCUCUUAACAAUUUUGGCGUAACACUCGGUGCUUGGCGCCGAUAUGCGGAGAGCCGCGAUAUUCACAAAGAGGUUCUGGAACGUCGUCAGAAGCUACUUGGCGAGAUGCAUUCUGAUGCACUGUCAACAAAAGCAAAUCUAGCCAUGGCCUUAUUAGAUCCGAGGUGUUGUGAGGAUGCCAGGGCAUUGAUUGAGGACGUAUACAUGAAUCGCCGAAAGCUUUUGGGACCAGAACAUCCUUGGACCCGGUGGGCUUUAUGCUACCUUGCCAAGGUCUACACGGAGAUUGGAAAACUCGAGCAAGGCGAAGAAUUGCUCAUAAAGGGGAUUCCAGCUGCGAUACGUAGCCUGGACGAAAACCACUUGGGUGUCUUGAUGGGACAAGGCCAGCUCGCUCGAAUUUAUGCCAGACAGGGACGACUAGACGAAGCUGAAGCGUUGACUCGGAAAGUUAUCGCGGCAGUCGAGAAACAUAGAGGUGCUGAGCAUCCAGAUUGUAUUUUUGCUUUGCUUAAACCUGCCCAGUUGUGUCUCCUUCGGGGUCGCCCAAGUAAAGCAUUGGAAGUGUCCAAACUAGGACUUUCAAGAUUUGAGGCGAGGCUCACAAGAUCGCACCCAAUGAGCCAGGAAUUGGAAGAAAUGGUCCGUGUACUAGAGGACCCUUCAUCGUCAUUAUCUGAUAUUUCGCGGUUACUGCCAACGGGAGUGACGGGAACUUUAUUUGCGUCGGCAGUCAGCUUGGGACGACUGGAAAUGGGUUCAGCCAUGUAA